GGUGACACAGCAGCGCAUGCGCAGAGAGCUGUCAGUGCUUCCGGGUGGUGGAGCUGUCAGCGGCGGAUCCUCGACACGAAAAGAACCAAAGAAGAAGAAGAUGAAGAAUAAAGUUAGCAGCACUCAAGCAGAGUCUGGUCUGCAGGCGGCGCUACACCAGUCUGUCUUCCUGUCAGCCAUGUCACCGCAGCCUGGCCGCGACCUGUCUCUCUGCUGGGAGCAACACCGCAAACUGCUGCCAGGAGUCACCAGAGUCCACGCAGAGUCCGUCCAACACUGGAGCGUCCAACAGGUGUCAGAUUUCAUUCAGUCCAUCCCCGGUUGUGAAAACCAGGUGAAACAGUUCAGAGAUGAGCAAAUUGAUGGGCGGGCCUUCCUCCUGCUCACUCAGCGGGACAUUGUGAGGAUCAUGUCAAUCAAACUUGGUCCCGCGCUCAAGAUUUACAACUCAAUCCUCAUGUUCAAACACAUCACCAGCCAAUCACACACUGAGAACAGGAGCCAAUCACACACUGAGGACACCUGCAGGUAACAAUGAUGACUCAAACUGGAAACACCUGGUACUUGACUCCAGCUCCACUCCUCCACUGGACUUCAUUUUCCAUCCAAUCAUAAAGCAGAUAUAACUUUGUGAUGUCACAACAAUGAUCUCAGGUGUGUUCCUGUCAAUUAUGACAUUCACGUUCUUAUUGCAGGAGUCCUGUAUAUGACUAGAACUAGUGUGCAUAUAUAUAUAUCUAUAUAUACAUAUAAUUUAAUAACGAGGUAAGAGGAUGUUCCUAUAAGUACAAACAGAGGGUUUGUCUUUAACUCCUUACAUGUACGGAUAAACGGAGCAGAAAACUCAUCUGAAGUGUUCCACGUUUGUGACCUGGUGAUGUUUGGCAGCGCUGAAUGAAGUUGGGACCAGCAUGCAUCACGUGAAGCUGUAUAUUGAAAGUUAUGGGUGGUGUCGUUAGUUUUCAUUAAUAUAGAGAAGUGAUUGUUUUCUACUGUUUCUAUAGAGUUCUAUUUUAAAGUUUCUUUAUAAAAAUAUAUAUUUGUAUCUCUGACAGGAAGUUCACUCUGACUCCUUCAGGUCUGUGAUGUAAGAGCUGGGGGCGGGGCUUAUGUUUCCCUUAGGUUUCCAUGGUAACAGAUGACAGAGUUUAACUGUGAUGUUUCUAUCAAUUUUCUCUUUGCUGUUUCUGUCACUGUUUGAGAUCAAUAAAGUUUCUGAUCUGA